AUGAGUGCAAUAUUAAAAUUUAUUCGUGAAAACCAUAUACUGGCCCUUAUCGAACAGGCUAUAGUCAAAAAGAAAUCCCGGCUGAGUUUGAACGCUUACGAAAUCAUUGAAAUCCCGGAUUUGCUUUACACCUGUUCCGAUGUCGAACAUUUGUAUUUGCAUAGAAAUAAAAUAACAGUGGUCCCUCAGGAAAUAACUCAGCUAGUGAACUUAACUACGUUGACGCUAGAUUAUAAUAAUAUAACUCAUCUUCCGCCGGAGAUUGGUAACUUAAAAAACUUGGUGAAUUUGAACAUCAGCUACAAUCCUCUGAAGGUUUUGAUCCCGGAAAUUGGUGAACUUGAAAAUUUGGAGGCGUUCUGGUGCAACAAAAUACAACUGCGGGAGAUUCCCAAGGAAAUAGGGAAGCUGGAAAAACUAGACACGUUCGGCGCGCGGGGAAAUGAGCUGGUUGCUCUACCUGAGGAAAUCACCAAGUUAUCUAAAUUACGAUGGCUUACGCUAGAGAACAACUUUAUAGAAACACUACCAGACACCAUGGACUGUAUGGAUUCCCUAGUCCACUGCAAUUUGAAGAACAACAAGGUCAAGGAGUUCCCUGUGUCUAUACUCAAGUGUCCGGAUCUUAUGUUUCUGCAGCUAAAUAAUAAUCAGAUAUCGUAUCUCCCAGCAGACUUCGACACUUCUUACCUUUCCGUUCUGGAGAUGAUCGACCUUCGCCAAAACCCGAUAUGCGAACUAUCUCAUCCUGAGCAUCCCCUAGUAAGAUACGAUGAAGAGCUGCCAUCACCGGACGGUACUCUGGGUGACUUAUCCCCUCAACCCUCAAGCAGCAGUCGGCACGGGGCGGCCCAGGCGCUCGCCAUCAAUGCCACCGCGCUCCGACUGCCAGCUGUACCACCUAAUCGACAUGCUGAGCCUAUGGUUAUUGCUGAAAUGGACCUGGACGCGUCAUCAGUGGAGUCAUCAGAAGAUUGGGAGAACAGUGUGAACAGUUCAGAGUUGGAUGUCCAGUACCAAAGCGAUGAGGAAAGAGCUGAAAAUGAGAUUGCACAAUUCUUUCAGGCUGUUGGCAUGGUCCUGCCCGAAUUAUCCCGCUACGCAUCAACCGCAAGCUGA